AUGGAGACUGCGCCUGAGAACUCCUUCCACGACGAACUAAGUGACGCGUCGUCACUCCAUGAGUGUGAUUCCUCGGCGUAUGAUAAUACAUCGAGCCAUAGGAAUGGCGAUACUACCAACAGCAACAGCAAUGGGAGCAGUACGGACGACAGUCCCACCACGGGCAUUGCCAAGGACGAGACUGUCGCCGUCUUUCGAUUGCGUGUGAUUGUCAUUCUGGUACUGAUUGCCACGGCAGCGGUGGUAUCCACAGUGGUGUUGAAUAUCACCCGCAUGGGCGAGAUGGACGGCUUCCUCACGCAGUACGAGGGAGCGUCACACAUGGUGCAGUCCGCCUUUGGAGAGAUUAUUGAAAAGUUGUCAGUGAUCAGUGCCUUGGCUGUGGUAGAGCAAGAUGAUGACGAGAAAGACGCCAACCUAACCGGAAAAGACUGGCCGUUUCAGACUCUCCAUAACUUCAAGGAGCGUGCGGCGAAUGUCAGGUACAUGUCGUCCGCUCUCUCCAUCAAUCUAUGUCCCAUUGUGACUGUCGACAAGAGAGAGUUCUGGGAACUCUAUGUCAAUGGGGAAGAAAGUGCUUGGAUUCCCCAUGCUUGGGACUAUCAGGAACAAUUGGGAUUGAACGGGUUCGAGACAAACCAAGAGCUUAUUGAGAUGAGCACUCUCACCAACGCUACGGUCGACCCCAUCAAGUACUUUGACGACGACGGACAAGCCCACCUUCUACUCAGCGAUGGCCCUUAUCUUCCAGUCUGGCAGACCAGCCCGCUCCUCCAGAGACGCAUGAUCAACGAAAACGUCUUUAGCAAAGGCAAUGAAUCCAACAUUGCCAUGAGUGCCAUUGAAGGCAAAGAGGCCGUCCUUGGUGGCUUUGUAGCGGCUCCCUUUGGCGAACCUUCACACUCCAAUCCUCUCACGUCCAUGUUCGCCACGCUACAAAGUAUCGCAGAAGAGAACGCCACACACUAUCUGGGAGAACCAAUGUCCUACUUCUACGUCCCCAUCUUUGACACUACUAAUUCCAAUUCACAAUCUAGAAACGUGGUGGCUGUCUUGGAAGCCAUUCUGAACUGGAGGUACUUCUUCCAGAAUGCGCUCAAGGAUUCCAUCCCUGCGAUUGUCGCAGUCCUCAAAAACUCGUGUGGGGAGACAUACACCUACGAAAUCCAAGGAGAAGAAGCCUACAUUGUCGGAUUUGGUGACCAUCAUGAUCCCCAGUAUGACGAGUAUGAGCGAACGGCAUCUUUUGACAGCAUGCAUCUGCGGGAUGGUACCGUGUCUGGAGUCUUUAUUAGUCAAGACCACGGAUGUGUCUACACGGUUCAUGUGUACCCUACCCAUAUCUUUUUGACCACCUACAACACCGACACUCCCCUUGCCAUUACCUUUGCCAUUGCUGUGGUAUUCGUCUUUACCAUUUGCAUGUUUGUCCUCUACGACCGACUCGUCGAGCAACGUCAGAGCAUUGUCAUGGCACAGGCUGCUCAUACAACGGCUAUCGUGUCCUCGCUGUUCCCCAAGAAUGUGCGCGACCGUCUACUAGCUGCGGGAGAUCGAAAAGAUGGUGGUACUAGUAUCUUCUCCUCCAACAAGUCGCGUCUCAAGGGUUUCCUCGAUGAUGGAAACAGCGCAAACGAUGAAAGCAAUGAUCAACCCAUUGCCGACCUCUUUCCGGAAUGUACUGUCUUUUUUGCUGACAUUGCCGGAUUCACUGCCUGGAGUUCUACCCGUGAACCAGAACAAGUGUUCAUUCUGUUGCAGACUGUUUAUCAGCACUUUGACCAGCUUGCCAAGCGGAGGAAAGUGUUCAAGGUGGAAACAAUUGGUGACUCCUACAUGGCCGUCACAGGUUUGCCCGAGCCAAUGAUCCACCACGCUGUGACAAUGGUCCGCUUCGCUUGGGAUUGCCGAAACGAGUUUCAUCGUGUGACCAAAGAUCUUGAAAGCACCCUUGGCCCCGAUACAGCUGAUCUCGCCAUGAGAUUUGGGCUUCAUUCUGGACCUGUUACAGCUGGGGUUUUGCGCGGAGAUCGCGCUAGAUUUCAGCUAUUCGGUGACACUGUCAACACAGCAUCACGAAUGGAAAGCACGGGUCAGCGUGAUCGGGUUCAAAUUUCGAGCACAACUGCUGAACUGCUCAUUGACGCCGGAAAGGAGCCAUGGCUGAAGAAGCGAGAAGACGAGGUACACGCUAAAGGCAAGGGAUUGGUUGUGACGUACUGGGCCAACCCCAAGGGAGUGCAAAGCUCGGUUGGGUCUGGUUCGGAUCUCAGCGACGAAAACAGCAACGGUGAAAAGGUUUCUAAACCAGUCUUUUCGCAUCAGCAAUCCAGUUUGGUGAAUCAACGCCUCGUUGACUGGAUGGCUGACCUAUUGCUCGACCAAACGAAGAAGAUUGUGUUCUCUCGCCGCAAAACAAAGGACAAGGGAAGUUCUGGUGGAAAAGCUCCGAAGUACUUCCCAAUGGAAGGAACUACUUGUAUGGACGAAGUCAAGGACGAGAUCGAGAUGCCAAGCUACAACGCCAAAGCUACCGACGCCAACCGUGAAUACAGAAACGUCCGGAUAAACAGUAUCGUCGUUGCGAACCUCAGGGAAUACGUCAACCGCGUCGCGCAAGAUUAUCGACACAACCCCUUCCACAAUUUCGAACAUGCAUGCCACGUUACAAUGUCAGUGAAUAAGCUCUUGAAGCGAAUCGUGACACCUGAACUAUCCGCUGAAGAGCUGCAAAAGCUUCGCAAGGUGGACGAUCUGGCGGCUCAUGUGCAUGAUUACACUCAUGGAAUCAAUAGCGAUCCAUUGCUAGGUCUGGCCAUUACAAUGAGUGCCCUCAUUCAUGAUGUUGAUCACCGAGGUGUAUCCAACACCAGACUCAUUGAAGAGGAGCCCGAGAUGGCAAACAAAUAUCACAACAAAUCUGUCGCUGAGCAGAACUCUUUGGACAUUGCAUGGGACAUCUUGAUGGAGGAUGGAUUUGAUGAACUGCGAGCUGUGCUCUUCCCCUCUCAGUUUGAACUGAUGAGAUUCCGUCAGUUGCUUGUCAAUGUGGUUCUUGCUACUGAUAUCAUGGACAAGCAGUUGAAUGAUCUGCGCAAGAGGAGGUGGGAACGUGCCUUUGCAGAUGGUAAGAAGGAAGAAACUGUAAAAGACACGAACCUUCGAGCUACCAUCGUUAUCGAACACAUCAUUCAAGCCUCCGAUGUGUCCCACACGAUGCAACACUGGCAUGUCUAUCGCAAGUGGAACCAACGCCUCUUUGAAGAGGUCUACAAGGCGUACCAGGAUGGCAGGAUGGAGAAGGACCCCAGCGAAGGCUGGUAUAAAGGAGAGAUAGGAUUCUUUGAUUUCUACAUCAUCCCUCUUGCUAAAAAGCUGAAGGAAUGUGGUGUAUUUGGAGUAUCUAGUGACGAGUACUUGUCCUAUGCGAUGCAGAACCGCAACGAGUGGGAGUGCAAGGGCAAGGAGAUUGUUGCCGAGAUGCUGGAACAAGUUAAGAAUCCGGGCAUGGAGGCUUAG